CUGAUCAAGCGCAUAAUCAAAUUGUUAAGAAAUAAGUUGAAAAUAACGAUUGGAGCUCGCCAAUAUGGAUCAAUUUGAUAGCGAAAGCUAUUGGAAUCGUUCAUCUAGCAGAGGAUUUAGUUUUGAUGAUGAUGAGGAUGUGCUCGGUGCAGCUGCCAGCGGCAGCAAUAUGAACAUAAGCAACAUACUAAACGAUUACGAUACUAUCUCCGAGGCGAGUUUCGACAACAGCGCAACUGGUAGUGCACUCAAUUUAUCUAUUAAAUCUAUUAUCUCUGAAGAUGCUCUAAAGAUGUUAUUGCAAGAGCAAACGCUAGACGACCGCAUAAUGUCAAAGGGUGUUGCGCCUGAAGAAGAGCUACGACUGCUACGCAGACAAGUACAAACAACUUUUUAUAAUCCUUCGCCAGAGGUAACAGCACACAAGCUGCUGAUUGGAAAAUGUGCACCACUUGAAGUAUUUAAAUCUUUGCAUGAAAAGGAGCAACUAUUGGACGCUGUGCUUAAGUGUGGGGGUGGAGAUGCUGUGAUUGGUGUGCUACUCUUCCUCAAAAAGACUUUGAAUCGCACAAAUUUUCUAAAAAUUCUCGAGCAAAAACCACAAUCUCUACAACAUUAUGUUAGCUUUUUGCAAGAGCAACAAAACCCAGAAGUUAUUGAAGUGCUGCAAUAUUUUGGCAAACAUCAAGAGGCCGCGCUUUUGCAAUUUAAGGCAGCCAUGGCUUGUAAAGACUUGCAGCAACGUAAGCGAAAAUUGCAGCAAUUGAUUGACCAAUAUGGCGGUGAUAUGGGUGUGGUGAGCGUAUAUUUGCAAAAUUUUGAAGCAGCGCUUAAAUUGUUAGAAUUAGUAGAAAAAGAGUGUCACACACUUGACAAUAUGGUAAAUAUAAAUUCAACACCCAUUGAAGUGUUAUAUCAAUGCUGUCGCAAACAUAGCAACUGGAAAGAUCAAGACAUGACACGCGCCAUAUCACCAUUUCGAGUCUGUGGUGAGCAACACAUCUCUUUAGCACAAUUCGAAUGGACCGCCUUGAAUGAGCGCACAACCGCACAAGCAUAUGCUGAUUUGGAAUGUGUAUUUGAGCGAGUACCGGCUUGGUUACCCAUGAAGCAGAAGCAAUUCCAUAUUAGCUUCUCGCUAGAAUUAGCAAUAUUACGUCUAUAUGCAUUACAAGCACCCACCAGUGUGCUGUACAUAUUUCUCUCCAAGAUGGGUAACACAACGGAAAAAUUAGCGCUUGCAAAGCGUGUGAAAUGUGUGCGUGCAGUUAUUGAUGCAUUAGCUGGUCUCAAGGAUGUGCAACAGCUGACUCAGUUAAAGGACACACUGCCGGAACGUUCAGAAGAGCAAUUCUACUGUGAAAAUGCACUGAAAGGACUGCAAACAAAGCGUUGGACUACAGAUAAUAUUAAGUUGAAGCUUUAAGACGCUUGUGAACUGAAAUUGCAAGAGUUAACCUUGAAUUUAUGUGAAUGUUGCUAUCAUUUGGGUAUUAAGCAUGUAAAGAAGCGAUGAUUUUUUGUGAAGAAAAGUUUUGAAAUUAUUUGUAAUAAAAUUUAAAUAUUGAGAAA